UGUGAACAAGGACGCUGAACCCAAAGAUCCGUAUCCCUUCCCAAGAAAGAUUAUGGCUGAACCAGACUACAUAGAUGAUGACAAUCCUGAAUUAAUUCGACCUCAGAAAUUAAUUAAUCCUGUGAAGUCAUCCCGGAAUCAUCAAGAUCUCCAUAGAGAGCUGCUUAUGAAUCAGAAAAGGGGUCUUGCCCCUCAGAACAAACCAGAGCUACAGAAGGUGAUGGAGAAAAGGAAACGAGAUCAAGUUAUUAAACAACAAAAAGAAGAGGAAGCACAAAAGAAGAAAUCAGACCUGGAAAUAGAGCUACAGAAACGGCAGCAGAAACUGGAGCAGCUGGAACUGGAGCAACAGAAGAUACAGGAAGAGCAGGAAAACGCGCCUGAAUUUGUCAAAGUCAAGGGCAACUUGAGGAGGACGGUCCAGGAAGCAACAGAAGCACCAGAUUCCUAGACCCAGCGCCUGCUAAGACUUCCAGCUUUUCUGCAGAGAGAGGCUUUUGCAAGUUGUCUCAGAGUUGCUCCUCAGGAGGGAAGAAAACCCCACAGCAUCCAGCUGACGCUUUGUGAAGAUGAGAUUUUUAAUUCCUGGGACGUGCGAUUAAUAAGACAGUACCAGAACCAGAUCGACUUGCCAAAUGCAGUCCUGAGAUCGACGGGGAAGGAGUCGGUUUGUCAGUUCAGUGUCACGGACUAGCCUGGCGUGCUUACUCAAGAGAUUUUAACCAGGGAUACUAGAGACAACUGCUUCAGUGUUGCACUGCUUUAUCUCUUGUGAUCCUAGUUCAGUGGAGACACACAGAUUCUAUUUUGCUUUAAAACAGAACAAAAAUCCUCCUGUGGUAUCUUACGAAGCUUUGCUGUGCAGGUAGAUUUCCUCCAUCUAGACCUACAGCCUGUGUAUAUCCCACAAUAAUUUGUGUUUGGUUGGAGUUUUUGUCGAAUAUGGGAGGUGUGUUGAUCACUGCUGCCCAUCCCCACCCAUCCCCACUAGGAUAAACAGGUGUGGGCAAGAUUGGAAUGCUUAAAAUUCACCAGCGGUGAAAAGUUAAGCAGCCUUAAAGCCCAUUUCUGCGGGUU